CCCCGGCCCCCGCCGAUGCCGGCCAUGGUGGAGAAGGGCCCCGAGGUCUCAGGGAAGCGGCGAGGGAGGAACAACGCGGCCAGCGCGGCCGCCUCGGCCGCCGCCGCCGCCGCUUCGGCCGCCGCCGCCUCGGCCGCCUCCGCCGCCGCCGCCUCCUCGGCCGCCGCCCCCGCCUCGGCCGCCGCCGCCUCCGCCUCAGCCGCCGCCGCCCCCAAUAAUGGGCAGAAUAAAAGUUUGGCGGCGGCGGCGCCCAAUGGCAAUAGCAGCAGCAACUCCUGGGAGGAAGGCAGCUCGGGCUCGUCCAGCGACGAGGAGCACGGUGGCGGCGGCAUGCGGGUCGGACCCCAGUACCAGGCGGUGGUGCCCGACUUCGACCCCGCCAAACUAGCAAGACGCAGUCAAGAACGAGACAAUCUUGGCAUGCUGGUCUGGUCGCCUAAUCAAAACCUAUCAGAAGCAAAAUUGGAUGAAUAUAUCGCCAUUGCUAAAGAGAAGCAUGGGUACAACAUGGAACAGGCUCUUGGGAUGCUCUUUUGGCAUAAGCAUAAUAUUGAAAAAUCAUUGGCUGAUUUGCCCAACUUUACCCCCUUCCCAGAUGAGUGGACUGUGGAAGAUAAAGUCUUGUUUGAGCAAGCCUUUAGUUUUCAUGGGAAAACUUUCCAUAGAAUUCAACAAAUGCUUCCUGAUAAGUCUAUAGCGAGCCUGGUGAAAUUUUACUACUCCUGGAAGAAGACAAGGACCAAAACCAGCGUGAUGGACCGCCACGCUCGGAAACAGAAGCGGGAGCGGGAGGAGAGUGAGGAUGAACUUGAAGAAACAAAUGGAAAUAACCCCAUUGACAUUGAGAUUGAUCAAAACAAGGAAAGCAAAAAGGAGGUGCCCCCUACUGAGACAGUUCCUCAGAUCAAAAAAGAGAAGCAUAGUACACAAGCCAAAAACAGAGCAAAGAGGAAACCUCCAAAAGGAAUGUUUCUUUCUCAGGAGGAUGUAGAGGCUGUUUCUGCCAACGCCACUGCUGCUGCCACAGUGCUGCGACAGCUGGACAUGGAGCUGGUCUCAGUCAAGCGACAGAUUCAGAACAUUAAACAGACGAACAGUGCCCUCAAAGAGAAACUUGAUGGUGGAAUAGAAUCAUAUCGACUUCCAGAGGUCGCUCAGAAGUGCAACGCCCGGUGGACCACGGAGGAGCAGCUUCUCGCCGUGCAAGCCAUCAGGAAAUACGGCCGAGAUUUUCAGGCAAUCUCAGAUGUCAUUGGGAACAAAUCAGUGGUACAGGUGAAAAACUUUUUUGUAAAUUAUCGACGCCGCUUCAACAUAGAUGAAGUUUUGCAAGAAUGGGAGGCAGAACAUGGGAAAGAAGAAACCAAUGGACCCAGUAACCAGAAACCUGUGAAGUCCCCAGAUAAUCCCAUCAAGAUGCCUGAAGAGGAAGACGAGGUUGCUCCUGUUCUUGAUGUCAGAUACGCAUCUGCCUCAUGAGAAACUCCGGUAGCUUUGAGCACUUGGUAUGGACGACUGUCCAGGAUUCAGGUAUUACAAGACGUCCCCUAGCCAUCUGCAUCACAUCUUCGUGGACAAGCAGCUAUUACCAAAAAAGGCAUACACUUCCAGUCCUGUGCUCCAUCUGCCUUAAUUCUUUGCUCGUCCCUCCACUUUGGCGCCACUCCCCAGAGAGCUCUGCCGCACCUCUCACUCACUCUGCCUGAGUGCUGGGGACUCCCGUGCCUGCAGCCUCCUGCCACUCUGGGGACCUGGGGACCGCCGCCUUGGUCGAAGCGCCUGGGCCCCUUCAGCAGCUUCAGAACAGGUAGUCGACUCCGAAGGCACGACUCCGUUCCUGCAUGGCCUGCAAUCUCUACUUUGUGCAUAGUAUCAUUUCAGUAACUGACCCUGUUGGCCUUCUAGAGAGUGCCCCUUGUCCUUUUCUGAGGCAUCCACCUAAGUGGUGUCAUGCUUCUUUGGGAAUCAGAGCAUAUUGGCAUCCUGCAUUAUAACCUCUGUUGUGCCAAACGUCCUGAUACAACUCACGUUUCCCUAGAUGUAGGUAUAAUUAUGGUUUAUAAAUUUAGUUGGCUUAAAUCUCUUCCUUCCCCCUCUCCGAGUGGUAGAAAGCUCACCCACAGUGACUGUCCUUGGACACUGUAGCUUAAAGGGAACGUGGACCUCAACACUCUGCCUUCAGCUCUCAGCAUUGUCAUCCCAGGAUGGGCGCCACCCCAUCUUUUCCUGACCCCCCCGCCCCCACCCCCAGCUCCAAGAGAUCUGGUCUGUACCACUGUACCUGGUGCUUGUACAUUUGGAAUUGGUGCCUUCUCCUUUUGGCAACCAUGUUAUCAGCCCUUUUUUCUGUUUUAGUGUCUUAUUUCUUCUUUAAGGUUUAUUGCUUGCCAAAGAUGACAUCAUUGAGAUUAGGAGAUAGGGGAGAACUUGCUGCAGAUUCUUGACAGAACACGGAUUUUAAACGUCAGGUUAGCGCAGUGAUGAAGGUGUUAGAACAGCUGGUGGUGGUUUUAUGAAAGCUGUGCAUUUGUUCCCCAUCCUCUUGGUGUGCCUGGCCUUCCACCUGUCACUCCAUGCUGGCCUCUGUCCUUCAGACACUGGUGUGAGCACAUGAACGCCACCCUCUCUUCUAACAUUACAGUCCAGGACAGAAGUGUCAGUUUAUUGGUUCUAGUGAGACCAAGAUGGAAAGAAACAAUCUCCAAAGUGGUAUGUAAUGCCUUUGGGUUGGACUGGGAACAAGUAAAAAUGUCUAAUAAAUGUUCUGAAACUUCCAGAA